AUGGCCGAAGCUUUAGUCACUAUUGCUGCGGAGGGGAUACUGAAAAAGGUGUUGACUAUCGCUGCCAGCGAAAUCGCCACUGCUUGGAAUUACGAAGAAAAGCUCAACAGCCUCCACAAAAAAUUGGAGCUGAUUCGGGCCAGAUUGCGCGAUGCGGAGAAACGAAAGGAAACAGAGGCUGUGAGGGCGUGGUUGAAACAACUAAAAGAAGCAGUGGUCAAAGCUGACGAUGUGUUGGACGAGGUUGAUUAUGAAAUUUUAAGGCGUCAGAUAAGGAAACAAGAUCAGGUGGCAAGAAAGCCUGCUGGCACUGUUCCAGAUCCAGAUCGGGAGACUGUUCCAGAUCUAGAUCGGGAGACUGUACCUUAUCCAGAAAAAUUCCAAAUUUUUGGGAGGGAUGAUGAGAAACAACGAAUCGUAGAGCUAUUAACCGAGUCAAGAAAGGAAGAAGAACUUACAAUUUUGCCCAUUGUGGGAAUGGGUGGUAUUGGGAAGACAGCUUUGGCGAAGUUGGUUUACAAUGACGAAAAAAUCGAGCAGUAUUUUGAUGUGAGAAAAUGGUUGUGUGUGUCGGUUAAAGUUAGCAUCGUCAAACUUCUCGAAAUGAUCUACGAAUCUGUUGCUGGCAAGGAACCUGAGUUGCACACUAAGGUCUAUUUCAUUGAUAGUCUUAAAGAGCUGUUGGCAUCAAAAAGAUAUCUGCUUGUCUUGGAUGAUGUUUGGGUCGAAGAGAGGCAAUAUUGGGAAGAUUUUAGGAAAGAAAUGCAAUAUGUAAACUCACAAAAUGGAAGUGGCAUUCUUAUCACUACACGAAAACUUGCAAUCGGAACUCAUGAUAUGAUCAGGGAUUCGUGUAAUCUAGAAGGUCUUUCCAAUGAUGAGUGUUGGUCAAUCUUUAGAGGAAGAGCAUUUGUGCCAGGAAAAUCACCGCCUCCAGAACUAGAAGCUAUAGGGCGUGAGAUUGUGAAAAAAUGUUGUGGUUUACCAUUGCUAUUAAAUGUAAUAGGUGGCAUGUUGGCAAAUGACACUGAUCCAGAGAAGUGGUUGUCCAUCAAAACCAACAAUGUUUGGGAUAUAGAAGAAGGGAAUAAAGUUCAAAGGAUCUUGGAACUGAGCUUUGAUAAUCUCCCCAAUUCUAUAGUCAAGCAAUGUUUUGUAUAUUGUUCCAUCUUUAAGAAAGACGAGGUCAUGGAAAGGGAAGAACUGGUCCGACUUUGGAUAGCUUUAGGGUUGGUUCAUGAGGAAAAAAACAAGGAGAUGGAGGAUGUCGGAAAUGAUGUUUUUCAGAUUUUAGUAAGUAAUUCGUUGUUCCAAGAUGUUCGAAGGGAUGAGUAUGGUCACAUCACUCAUUGUAGUAUGCAUGAUCUGGUGCAUGACCUUUCAUUAUCACUUUCAAAUCAUGAAAGCCGAUGUCUGGUGGAUGCAACUAAUGAUGAUAUUGCAAGUAUCCCUCAUGUUAAACAUCUCUCUUUUCACCAAGAACUGAUCGAGGAUGAUGAAUUCGGAUCCAAGGUUUCUAUGUUCAUUGAAAGGAAGACGGUGGCUACAACUUUGCAUACAUUGUUCAUCAAAGUUGUAAUUGAGAAGAAAUUUCCAUUUCAAAAAUUAAAGUGCAUUCGAGUCCUAAAACUCCAAGUUUAUAUAAGAGAGAAGUUAGAUGAUUCAAUUGGAGGGUUGGUGCAUCUCAGGUAUCUAGAUUUGACAUAUACGAAUAUCCGUGUUCUUCCUAAAUCUAUUGGUAAAUUAUACCACUUGCAAACUCUGAAGUUGCCUGAAAACAUUGAGCAGUUUCCAGAAACCAUGAGAAAUUUGAUAUGCCUGCGAUAUCUAAUCUCUGACACAAACAUUCCUGCCAAUAUCUUGGGGGAGUUGAUUUAUCUUCGAAAACUGUCUUCCGUCAAAGUGGUUGGAAGGAAGGGACAUGGUAUUGAAAAGCUACGCAAUUUGAAUAACCUUACUGGAACGCUCUGUAUUUUCAAUCUAGAAAAUGUUGAGAGCAAAGAGGAUGCUGUCAAUGCAAAUUUAAGUAGAAAGAAAAACUUAUACAAUAUUGAAUUCAGUUGGAGUGGGAACAAUGAUGAAGAUGCCACCCGAAACAACAAGGAUGUAUUGGAAGGCUUGCAACCCCCUAGAGAUGUGAAAAAGUUGACAUUUAGCAAUUUUUCAGGUGAUAAUUUUGCAGAAUGGGUAACGAAGAUGGCAAUCCAUAUUAAAGGGAAAUGGACACCCCUUGACAAGCUCAUUAAGAUCACAUUAUCUGGAUGUAGGAGCUGCCUCUCUCUUCCAACGCUUGAGCACCUGCCUCAUCUUCGGGAUCUGGUGUUGAAGGAUAUGGACAGCUUGACAAGCUUAAGGAAUACUUCCGAUGUUACCGGAUCUACGAAGCCUUUAUCUCCAUCGUUGAGAUCUCUCACACUACAGAAUAUGGAAAGACUUGAAAAGUGGAUAGAUGGAGCAACCAACAGCUCAAAAAUGAUUUCUCCUGUCCUUGAUAGGGAAUGCCCUAGUCUUUUAGGAAUACCCAAUUUGCCCAACCAGUGUCAUUCUUUGAAGACUUUGUUUAUUGCCCAUUGCGAAAAGCUGACUUCCUUCCCUCAAGAAAUGUUCGACUGUUUUGCCUUCUUAAAUGACUUGAAACUUGGUCCGUUCUCAAAGGAGCUGGAUUCUUUCCCAAGUCUCCAAGGCAUCGAGAAGUUAAGGAACCACCUUCACUCGUUAACAUUAUACGGUGACGAUCAUUGGGAGUCAAUGCCAGAAGAAAUACAACACCUCACCUCACUGACUUCAUUAACCAUAAGUGGAUUCAGAAUGCGAGAACUGCCCAAGUGGUUAAAAAACAUGUCAUCUAUCCGAAAAUUAUAUUUCUAUGGUUGCGAAGGGCUGAAUAAAGAAAUAUUUAGACAGGGAGCACCGCGUGAAGCAACUUAUGUCAAACUAAAUUAUCAAAGGGCCUUAAAAGCCCUAGCUCGGAUUGAACUAAGGUCUAAUUCUUCUCUUCUGGUUGCACUAAGAAAAUCGGACAUACAUGUUGAUGAUAUAAGAAACAAGACAAUACAAGUUGCUGGAGAGAAGAAAUCUAACAUCAAAAGAAUGAAGAAAGACUGUGUGUGGGGGGCUGCUAUCGGUAUAAAGAAACAAAUUCAGAACCAAUAA